ACAACGGAGUAUUUACAUGACCACAAAUCUGUAAUAUACGAAUAUACUAAGAUAUAACGCGUUACGGGAGAAUUCCAACCCCAAUUCACAAAGAAUAGGGCACUCUCCCUCUUUCCUAUCCUCCAUUGUUGAUCAUUCCUUGUAAACUACUAACCCCACCACACCCACACCCUCACCCCAUCACUCUUCCUCGUUCAUCACGCCAUAUAAACCCCUCUCUUUCUCUCUCUCUCUCUCCUCAAAUAUAACCAACCCCCCUUCUCACUUAAACUUAAUUUAAAAACCAUGAAGAACAAAAUUCUCCCAAACCCAAUUCCUAAACCCACCCAAUCCAAAAAGAUGACCCGUUUUAACUCCACCCCUAUUCCCCUCUGUUUCCGCCCUUCCUCCACCGCUCCUUCCCUCGAGUACCUUCACGCGCCGCCGUCCUCCGCCGCAACAACCACCUCUACGCCGAACUUGACGACCUGCCUCUACCAAACCCACCUCGGUAUCUUCUCUCUCACUUGGUCUCGCUCUCUUCUUUCUAGAUCCUUCCAUCUUCAUCUCCAUCCUCCUCAUUAUCUCUCCUCUCCUCCUCCGCUUUCUAUCUCCUCCCCUUCCUUCCACCUUACUCUCAAACCUUUCCUUUUUUGGAAUAAAAACGGGGUCAAAAAGCUUCCCCCUCCUCCGCAAUCUCUCUCCUCUAUCUAUAUUUUCUGGGAUCUUACUGGGGCCAAGUUUGGGCCCGGGCCCGAGCCCGUUUCUGGGUUCUACAUUGCGGUUGUUUUCGAAGGGGAGGUUGUGUUGUUAAUUGGGGAUUUGGAGAAGGAAGCUUUCGCGAAAACGAAGGCUAAGAAGGUUGGGAGUUUGGUCAACAAUGGCGGAAAGCCGCCGCCAUCGUUGGUGAUUCGAAGGGAGCAUGUUUUUGGGAAUCGAUUUUAUAAUACAACCACUGAAUUAGGCGGGAAAUUGAGGAAUAUUUUGAUUGAAUUAAACACUAAUAAUGAAGAAGAUCCGAGAUUAGUGAUCCGAUUCGACUCGAAACGGGUUUUACAAGUGAAGCAUUUGAGGUGGAAAUUUAGGGGAAGUGAACGGGUCGAAGUAGACGGGCACCCGAUUCAGCUCUCAUGGGAUGUUUACAACUGGUUAUUUGAGGAAGAUUGUGGGACCCACGAUGAUGGGUAUGCUCUGUUUACCUUCAGAUUUGAGAAAAAUAAUGGAGAAGAUGAAGCUCUGAAGCAGUCCAUCAAUGGCGGCGGUGGUGGUAAAUUGGAGGAGAGAGAAAGUUAUAGUGGAAGUAACAAAGGGGUAAUUUGGUCACAAGAUUCAUGUGGGUUGAAUUACGAAAGGAAGAGGAUGAAGAAGAAAUUACUGGUAAAAACAAGGAGUUCAUCUUCAUCUUCUCUCUCCUCUGUUUCAUCUGGAAGUAGCUCUGUUUUGGAGUGGGAGAGUGUUGAGGAGAAUGAAUUGAAGGGGCCCACUGGUUUUUCAUUGCUGGUUUAUGCUUGGAAGAGUUGAAGUAAAUUUGCAGAUAAUUAAUUUCUUCCCUUUUUUUUAUUUUUUUUUUUAAAUAUUUUAAAUUUAAUUUCUUUGUUUUCAAUUUUUUUUUUGGUGAUUCAAACUAACCCAAAUUAAUAGGUAGAUUGUAUUAUACAGAUAUAUAGGUAAAAUCUGGAAAUCACUGACAAUUUUGUUACUUUUAUCUUUUCCUUUUUUUUUUUUUUUUGGAUUGAUGAUUUCCUCAUUUCAUUCAUAAAUGUGAGAUUGAGCAAUUGUUUGAAUGUCAAGUAAAUUGUGUAAGAAUUGAUUAUUGUGAAAGUGAUUAAUCUGUAUUGCAAAUUAAGUUCCGCCAAAGUACUAGUUGAGGACCAGGGGACGGAUUCAUAACGGGUUCAUACAAACACGAAUUUGAACCAAUAGUAUUGUGCAAAUGCCAAUUAUCUGAAAAUGGUAAUGAAAUCUAGCUGUUGAUGGGUAAUACAGGAGAAAAAACAUACUUUUCUUGGCAAAUUAAUGGUCCAACUUAAGACUAAAUAUUGUACUGUAGCAAAAUUAGUGGUGGUCAAUGAUGGCAUCUUGACUAUAUAGGCCUAAAAUUCCGCUGAACAAAAAUACUGGAUUCUUGUAGCAUGGAUUUUAAAAACAUUAAUUAAAAAGUGGUAACUGUUGAAAAAUGUCUGCCUAAUUUAGAGGAUCUUUGGGCGCCUGCUUGGGACAGUGAUGAGUGGAAAAGGUUAAAAGUUCCAUGCAUCGUUGGAUUGAUUGUUUAAGAUGUUUUGGUUUUUACUGGAUAUUUUGUAACUACUUAGUCUGAAAGUGUGCAUAUUUAAUAUGCGUACACUUUAUAUUAUAUGGAUAUUCUAGUUUGAUGAAUUAAUGUUAGCUAGUUUAGUUGAUACUCCGCAGAAUUUUAUAUAAGGAUAAGGUAGUGCCUAAAGAUAGCUCUAGGUCAUGCCUCGUGCCAAGCCCAUGUGCUUUGGGGUUAGUUAGGCCUGACCCAUGAGUUUCGUGCCAUGUUGUGUCGACAAUUGGUCUAAGCUGCAUCCUUGUGUAGCUAUUCUAGCUGCAACACCAGCUUGUAACAUAUCUUUAAAAUACAGCCCCCAAUUGUCGUUUAUACAAAACCGUCACUUCUAACAACUAUU